CGCGCAGAGAGCCCGGGCGGGACCUCCCGGCUUUGCCAUUGCACCGCCAGCUCACCACGCGGGGCGCGCACCAGCCUGCAAGUUCCUGCUGCCUUGUAAGUUUUUUCAGCGGGAGCUUCAUGCAUAGACUGUACUGAGGGCGGCAGGAGGGCGCCUGGGGCGCGUGUACUUUAGCAGCACCGAGGACGGGGCAGUAAGUCUAAGUCUGCCAAUACUUCAGAUAAAGUUUAUAUUGUGCCUGAAACCAACCUGCAACUGAAGAGAUCAAGAUGAGCCUUAAUUCAUCUACCGAAGGGACUGUUAAAAGAAUCCAUGUUGACUGCCCAGUUUCAGGAAGGCAUGCCUAUAUAUACAUUAUGGUUCCAACUGUUUACAGCAUCAUCUUUAUUGUAGGCAUAUUCGGGAACAGCUUGGUGGUCAUUGUCAUUUGCUUCUACAUGAAAUUAAAGACUGUGGCUAGUGUCUUUCUGUUGAAUUUAGCCCUGGCUGACUUGUGUUUCCUAAUGACAUUGCCACUGUGGGCAGCCUACACAGCCAUGGAAUACCACUGGCCUUUUGGCAACUGUUUAUGUAAAAUAGCAUCAGCUGUGGUAAGUUUCAACCUGUAUGCCAGUGUGUUUCUACUCACAUGUCUUAGCAUUGACCGUUACCUGGCUAUAGUACAUCCAAUGAAGUCCCGACUUCGGCGCACCAUGCUUGUUGCCAAAAUAACUUGCAUCGGCAUCUGGCUGCUAGCAGGACUGGCUAGUUUGCCUGUCCUAAUUCACCGUGAUGUAUUUUUUGUCGAGAAUAUGAAUAUGACAAUUUGUGCUUUUCGGUACAAGACCCAUAAUACAACACUGCCUGUUGGGCUAGGUUUAUCUAAGAACAUGUUGGGUUUUUUAAUUCCCUUUUUGAUAAUUUUAACAAGCUACACCUUAAUCUGGAAGACACUGAAGAAGGCUUACCAAAUUCAGAAAAACAAGACCAGAAAUGAUGACAUUUUUAAGAUGAUUGUGGCAAUAGUACUUUUCUUCUUCUUUUCCUGGAUUCCUCAUCAAGUGUUUACAUUUCUGGAUGUAUUAAUCCAGCUACGUAUCAUAACAGAUUGCCAAAUUGUUGAUGUUGUGGAUACAGCUAUGCCCUUCACCAUCUGCAUAGCUUACUUCAACAAUUGCUUGAAUCCCUUUCUUUAUGGUUUUUUUGGAAAAAAAUUUAAAAAAUAUUUCCUGCAGCUACUAAAAUACAUUCCACCAAAUGUCAGAGCACAUCCAAGUCUAACAACAAAAAUGAGCUCCCUUUCCUAUCGACCAUCAGAAAACUUAAGUUUAUCCAUGAAAAAGACUAUUGGGUCUUUUGACAUUGAGUGAUGUCUUUUGUGCUAUAUGUUUCUAGAACAACCUUGCAUAUCAAAGGUCACCCACAGUCCUGACCAUCACAGCUUACUGCACAUUACUAAGACAUUAAAUCAUCUACUAGAAAUCAUCUUUGGAAGAUUUAGCAGUGGCCUUUUAUAUUGUCAAGAGGACUGUUUGUUAUUUUUAUUUGAAGCAACCCAAGAAGGUGGCAGUUGGAAGUCUUUUAGCAUCCUUCCUCAGAGUUCAGAACUUUGGAAGAAGCGUACAUGAUGCUCCUGGAAAGAUCUCAGAACUUAGGUUAAGGCAUGAUCAUUUGUGAAUUAUAUGAACUCUGCAGAAUUUACUUUCAACAUACAUAAGCAAUUCUAAGAUAACCAUUUGGAAUUGUUAUACAAAGUGUUGCCAGAGUCAAACAGAAUGUUUGUUUUCUUUCACAUGAUAUUUGGUGGGGAUGGUGGAGAACAGAGCUAUGUCUGAAAUAUGAAAAAUAUCCAUUUUUCCUUGAUACAAAUGUUGCGUAUCAUUACAUUUAUAAUAUACCCAGUUGGUGAAAAUAUAUAUAUUCUACAUAUGCAGGUCUCACUCCCAUCUCAGAUUGAGAUUUAAGGAUCAAGACUGUGUUCACAUACAUUUUUGCUAUUAUUAUUCAUUUUAAACAUGGCAAAAGUUUAUAUAAUAUAUGAAAUAAAAUGCAGUUUUAUUUAUUAAAUAUUUUUUUAUAAAUCUAUAUUUCUAUUAGUUAUAUUCUAUACAAGGAAACAUUACUUUGUACACACACAUUUUUAUCACUAUAUUAAAUGUAGGUUGGGUAUUUUUAUGGCCAUAGUUCAUAUAUGAACCAGUCUUACUUUCACUGGACCAUGAAUAUCCCCUAUUGACUUCAGUGGGAUUACUCAUGGAAUAAAAUUUUACUUUAUGUGAGUAAGAGAAUCAGAAUCUGCCCCAUAUUAGCAAAAUAUGGACAUCCUGUGAUAGAGGUCGUUAGCAAACUUUAAAGGAUCAGCCAAAAUUAUUUUCAUAGAAUAAUUACAGCACUAAAUGAAAAAUAAACACAUUAAUUCAAUCCACUCAGAACUUCUCAAACUCCUAAAAAUGUUCCAUUUUCUUCAGUAUUUUUGGACACUCAAAACUCCACAAAGCAAAAAUGUAAUAAUACUUAUUGGGUCAAAUUCUGCUCUCAAUCAUAGAAAUGAAAAUGUACGAAUAAAUUUUGCAAUCAAUUUCUAUAGUUACACCAAAGUAAUUAUGAGCAGAAUUUUAUCCUGAAGGGCAUGGAAUUAUUCCCCUAUUUACGUCUGAAUAACUGAGAGCAAAAUCUGGC